AUGACAUCAAAGAAUGAUAAACAAAACUUCUCACUGAUAGCACGGCCAACUCGAUACACUACUCGCACCAAAACUAUGCAAAUUUUAUUUUACAAACUCAACUCCUGGGGAAAGGUUGCAAUUAUGAAAACUGAUUGGACAACACCAGAGGUUGCUGCUGUGGAAUUCGGAGACCAUGAGGCCAAAAAGGCUGUCCGAUCAUAUCUUGCAAGAUUUGAAUACUUGGAUCCGUACAGAGAAGUUGAUGAAUUCGAUGCUGAAGUGGAUGGACCUGUUACACUUCGAGUUCUGCAGCACCCCUUUGGCGUGAACGUAACCGGUAGAUACGACACAAAAACGCAAGCAAUUAUGAACGAAAAACGAUGCGGCUUUCCUGAUAACAACGGAAUUGUCAACUUUGUCCUCCCCUGUAGUAGCCGGCCUAAGCCAGUUAUUUCCUAG